UUUACACACAAUGUUACGAAUCGCACGCUUCAACUCAUUAAGAUCAACUAGAUGCAUACGGCCAAGUGCACCGGUUCGUUUUAAAUCUACAGCAACGAAGCAACACGUUGAUCUCUCAAUUGCCAAUCGUAAGUCCACCAUCGUCUCCCAAACGGAGCAGUACUACCCACCGAUUGACAAAGUGAGAAGCAAAUUCCCCAAUACUAAACUCAUACGUAUAUCCCAAUUCGUCAACCAAUUCGAUUCAUUUGAUUUCAGCGCUCUUGAACACAAACGAACUGCAGAACAGUAUAACCUUGAAGGGAGAAUAGUUAGUAUUCGUGCCCAAUCCAAGGGGCUAUUCUUUAUCGAUAUUGUGCAAGAUGACGUUCAAGUUCAAGUCAAGGCCCUUAAUCAAAUAUUGAACAUGGAGAAAGAAGAAUUCGGAAAGGUUAACCUGUGGUUUAAAGUCGGCGAUUACAUUAGUUGUAAUGGGUAUGCGUCCCGUACUCCUGCAGGUCAGUUGACUUUAACUUUAAGUGAUCCUAUUGAAAUCUUGUCUCCUGUAUUGCACGAGAUUCCCAACAAACUCGUGGACAAAGGUAAUAUAAGCUCCCAUCGAUGUGUUAACUAUUUGGUCAAUCCGGAGAGUAAACACCCUAUAAUUGCCAAAUCACAGUUAAUCCAAUCCAUGAGACAAUUCUUCAUAAAUCGGCAAUUUUUGGAAGUGCAAACUCCAAUAUUGAGCGGUGAAGGAACAGGGGCACUUGCAUCCCCCUUUGUAACUCAUAUGAAAAAUACCGAAUCUACCCCGGUGAGAUUAAGGGUCGCUCCUGAAUUGUGGUUAAAGAAAUUAGUCAUUGGUGGAUUUGACCGAGUUUUUGAAAUUGGUCCUAAUUUCAGAAAUGAAGGAAUCGAUCGAACCCAUAAUCCGGAAUUCACCAGUUGUGAAUUCUACCAAUCGUUUACUAGUUUGUCUGAAGUGAUGAAAUUGACGGAAGAUUUAUUUGCUCAUUUGUACAAAACAUUGCCUAAUAUGGAGCAUUUACAACUGUUUAAUAGGGAAUUCCCCAAAUACGAAUUUGUUCCAACUAUCGAAGCCAAAACAGGAGUAUCAAUGCCAAAGAAUUUUACCGUGGAAGCCUUGUAUGACUACUUUCAACAAAUCAACUUGGCACCAUUGCCCAACCCCAAUCCAGUAGCAUUACUUGACAGAUUAAGUCAAGUAUACCUUGAGUCUAUCUCAUUGGAGACUCCCAACACACCAAUAAUCAUAUACAACCAGCCGGAAAUCAUGUCUCCCUUGGCCAAAUCAUCCCAGGGUAUCUCACACAGAUUUGAAUUGUUCAUUAAUGGACAAGAGUAUGUAAAUGCAUAUGAAGAAGAAAAUUCGCCCGUGGAUCAGUAUGAAAAAUUCAAGAUCCAACAAAGGGCCAAGGACGAAUAUAAGGAUGACGAUAGUAUUGUUCCUGACUGGGAAUAUGUCAAGAGUAUGGAAUAUGGAUUGCCACCUACUGGAGGAUGGGGGUGUGGAGUUGACAGAUUGGCAAUGUUGAUUAGUGGCUGUGAUAGAAUUGAUCAAGUUUUACCAUUUGGGAACUUGAAAGAUGUUAUUAGACAAUAGACACGAUUUGUCAUACCAUUAUUGUAUAUACUGUAAAUAGAACCGAAAUCUACGUGAAUAAUAUUCUAAUCUCGUAUAUUAAUGCAAAUGCAAAUGCAACUUACCUAGCAACUUACCUAGCUAUGAUGACUACUCUAAAAACUCUUGGAAAUCUCAUACAUUGCUUCUUUAUGAUUUAACAAAGUUCUAGCAGCACGACUCAUGGCCUUCUUCUUGGAAGAGUCUUCCGCUGAAACAAUUGUAACCCCUCUAAUCUUCAACGUAACAAUAUGUUUAUUAUCACUGGUUUUUGAAACAAUGUAUGUUGGUUGAACCCGAGCUUUUUUACCGAUUAAUGCAUACAACUCAUUUUUAGCCUCAUGAUCCAAUGGCAAGGAAUAAUCUGGUUCUAAUGGGAAGCAACUGGUACGGAUAGGUGAUGGCGGUGGCAAUGGGGGUAAUUUUGCCGCUUCGGCUAAUUCCUGUUGAAUCUGCUUAAGCUUCUCUUCCCGUUUGAGUUCCUUUAAUUCAUUACGACGUUUACGAAUGGGUAAUUCGAUUUCUUGUCUGUGAAGAUAGUACUUUUCCAACUUCUCUUCAUGAGACAAUGCAUCCAUGGCAGCACGAAGACUAGCUUCCUUGAUUGAAUUACCAGAUCCAGAUCCGAGAAGUUCACCUUCCAUGGUACAAUUAACCACGAAAUCCACGCCUGUAACGGGAUUCCCCUGCUGAAUGGUUCUGUAUUGCGGGUGGGAUUCAUUGGUACCAAUCAUGGAGUACAAUUGCGUCUUGGCCUCACGGUCAAUUGGAGGUUUGAUAUAUGUGUCCCGCAAGUUGUUAAGCAUGGGAGUAUACAAUUGGUCCAACCAUUGACGAAUAUCUUCAAGAUCAAGAUCGCGCUCCACGGCCAAGGCCCCAAUAUAUGCUUCAAAUACAUCGGCAAAUAGCUUUUGAUCAGGAGUCACAGCCAAGUCAACGAUGGAAGUUUUGAGUCGUUUAUCCAUUCCAUAAGCUAAUGAAAAAUGACCCAAGGUCUUGUUGUUGACUAGAUCAGAUCUAAUCUUCAGCAAUUGACCUUCAGAUGCAGUGGUGAACAU